AUGUUCCAUCUCACACUCUCUUUCUUCGUCUGUCGCUGUCUCUCACGUCCUUCCUCUGUUUCUCCUGCAACAGAUCUCUCUUUGUCCUCUCUCUCCCUCAGAAUCAUUAUGGCACAGCAGGAAGCUAGCACUUCCCCUGGUGCUGAGGUUGUUGGCCGUGCCUUUGUGGAGCAAUACUAUCACAUUCUUCACCAAUCUCCCGGUUUAGUUCACCGGUUUUAUCAAGAUUCCAGCUUGUUAACCCGUCCUAACCUAACCGGUUCUGUGACCACUGUCACAACUAUGCAAGCGAUCAAUGAAAAGAUCAUGUCACUGAACUAUGGAGACUACACUGCGGAGAUAGAUACAGCAGAUGCUCAGGAGUCUCAUGAGCGAGGUGUUAUUGUGUUGGUGACUGGAAGCUUAACCGGGAAAGAUAAUGUGAAGAAGAAGUUCAGCCAAACUUUUUUCUUGGCUCCACAAGACAAAGGUUACUUUGUCUUAAACGAUGUGUUUCGUUUCCUUGAGGAGAAACAGGUGAUGACUACUACACAAGCCAAGUCUGUGGCCAUCAAUGGAACCACCACCACCAAGGAUGUUCAAGCUCCUGUUGAGCCAGAAGGUGUUGUUGUUAGUCAUGAGGCUGAGGUUGAACCAGAGCCAGUUGCUACUAUUGAGGAAGAAGAUCUUGACAAUGUGGCUGAGGUGUAUGAUCCUUGUGAGAAAGAGGAAGGAGUUGUUGUUGACGUUGAGCCUAUUGAAACUCCAGCUCAAAUAAUUCACAGUGAAGUUUUGUCAGUGUCUCAUGGAGAUCCUCCUACCUAUGCUUCAAUCCUGAAACUGAUGAAAAGUGGUCCAGCACCACCAACACACGUUGCUCGGAACAAGCCAAGAGCAUCAGCUCCGGUGAGAACCAACCAGAAGCCAACUCCUCCUCAUACUGAGCAUGCAGCAGCUCCUAAUGCUUCAGGUCUUGAGAAUGUUCACAACAGUAACAAUGUUGAUGUGGAAGAUGAUGGACAUUCGAUUUAUGUCCGAAAUUUACCUUUUGACACCACACCAACACAACUUGAAGAGGUGUUCAAGAGCUUUGGUGCUGUCAAGCAUGAAGGGAUUCAAGUCAGAAGCAAUAAGCAGCAAGGUUUCUGUUUUGGUUUUGUGGAGUUUGAAACAUCUAGUGGAAAGCAAAGUGCGCUUGAGGCCUCACCGAUUACAAUUGGUGAUCGUCAAGUUGUUUUAGAGGAGAAGAAAGCUAACACUCGAGGAGGCAAUAAUAAUGGAGGUGGUAGAGGAAGGUACUUUGGAGGAAGAGGAAGCUUCAGAAACGAUAGUUUUAAAGGAGGACGUGGUGGUGGUGGUGGUGGAGGAGGAAGAGGAGGCUAUGGAAGAGGUGGUGAGUUUUCAAGUAGACCAAAGAGUUCAAACCCAAGGAAUGGAGGAGAAGGUUACCAGAGAGUUCCUCAAAACGGAAAUAGUGGAAGAGGAGGAGGUGGAGGAGGAGGUGGUGGGUCUCGUGGUGGUGUUACAGCUUGAGUUUGCAUCUUAAUGUGCACCAGGAUAAGAGAUUAGUUUUAAUUUUUAUUUUGCAACGUUUUUUUUUUCAUUUCUCUUAUGGCCUUUACUACUUGAGUUGAGUUUGAUGUUUCAAGUUGUUUUGGCUGUUUUGUUUUUGUGGGUUUAGUUUCUCCAUAUUCUCUCUUCAUAACAUUCAAUUUCAUAUGAAAUCUAUUAUAGAGUUGUGUUCUUGAUGUAAAAUGGCCUUUAGGUGU